CCGCAGGUGAGAAGUAGGCGCUGUUUGUGUUGCAGGAACUCACCUGGACAGAUAGGAUCUGCACUGCGUGGUAAACCAUGUGUAGAGUCUGUGGUGCCAAUGUUGUUUGGGUGACCGACUUCCGUGGAAGUCAUUUGCAUUAACUUCACUAGACUUGAAAAGACCAAAGUGACCAACCAACGUGCCAGAAAUCAUCUUGAGGAGUAGCAUGUCAAGUGAUUUAGCAGUCACUGAUCUUCAACCCAGUCAUGUACGUCAUAAAGGUUGCAGUCGUUAUAGAGUUAGAGCAAAGACUUCCUAUGUGGAUGAAACCUUAUUUGGCCAUUCUAAUGGGCUUCAGAGGUCAGUAGCUGAAUUUGAACCACCAUGGGGUUCCACGUCUCAAACUGGUUCUCAACAACCAUUAUUAUGGAGUCCAAGUUCACAAAUAAGACCGAGUGCAAAUGGAAAAAUUGGUCCAGUUCCAACCCCAUCUAAGUGUGGUGGCACACCAAUAAAAAAGAACAAAUACAGGUUAAAAUGCCGUAUGCCCAGCUAUUGUGACGAGUCUCUUUUUGGCUCAAAGCAAGAGGACCCAGGCUGGGAGGCACCAUGGACUGCAGAAGAAGAUAAAAUAAAGAUUCGACCACUCCUGUGGACUCCCUCAGUACAUAAAAUUAGCUCAAAUGAAUUUUGUUCUGAGUUCUCACCUGCCAAAGGAAAUCCAGUGAAACCACCUUAUGCAGUCACAAAAGAAUCUUCUACUGACUUUAUCACUGAAUACAGAGAUAAAGCAGAUUACUGGAAGAGGCCAAACAGUGAUAGUGACUCUGUUAAUGAUACCCCUAUUCGAGAACGAUCACAGUCUUUAACGAGGAUGCACAACUCUAAAAAAAGAAUAGUCAAAGCAGAUUCCACAUACACUGCUAGGAAUACAGAGCAGUUGCAGUAUAGACCAAUUUCAGCUUUUACUUUACCCUCAGGACCACAGCAUUACAAUAGGUGGAGACCUGGUAGUAUGUCAGAUUCUGUUUCAUCCAACCAACCCAAGACAACAAGUUCUGUCACAAUAAACCCACCUUGGAAGUACUAAAGAUAAUGACUGGAUUGGGAUAUAAAAGAGAAUGAGGUAUUUCCAAAGCCACUUUGGAGUGAGGAGGUAGCUACGUUUUCAGAUUUCUAAGUACCAUGAAACAACGGUGUCUUUUUUGGUUGAUUGUAAAAAAUCCUACUAAUUAUGAAUUUUUUUUCAAAAAUCAUGUUCAUUUAAGUGAGUGGGCAAAACUAUUACAGAUGGAGCUCAGUUUGAGGAAGUGUGAGGAUCCAAGAAAGACAAAUUGGAACAUUUUCUUAUUAGUGGAAAAACUAGGAACUGUAGAAGGACAACAAGAUUUAGAUGUUCAGGUCUGCAAUCAUUAAAAGCUAGUGGACAGAAAAACAGUCAAAAGGCUAAUGAAAUGCUGGCCUUUAUCUUAUAGGGGCUGGAAUGCAAAGGGAAGGAAGUUAUACUUAAGUUAUAUUGUGCCUUGGUCAGAUCUCAUUUGGAGUACUUCACUUAGUUGCACUGCAUCUUGGGGAAAUAUAUAUUCACCUUGGGAGGAGUACACAGUUUCAGCACAAUAAUUCCAACCUUAAAGGUUUAAUUAAGAGGACAGACCACAUCUCACGUACUAUAUACAGUUUUGGUCACCUUACUUGAGAAAAGAUAUAAUAGCAUUAGAAGCAGUCCAGACAAGGUUCACUCAACUGAUUCCUGGAGUGAAGGGGCUAAUUUCUGAGAAAAGAUUAGGCAGCCUGGGCCUAUAUUCAUUGGAGUUUAGAAGAAUGAGAAACAUAUAAGAUCCUGAGGGGACUUGACAGGAUGAGAAGAUGUUUCCCCUUGUGGGAGAGACUAGACCUAGGAGACAUGGUUUUAAAAUAAGGGGUCUCCCAUUUAAGAUGGAGAUAAGGAGAAAGUUUUUCUGAGGGCUCUUCAUUUGUGGAAUUCACUUCCUCGGAGAGCAGUGAAGAGCAGUUUAUUGAAUAUUUUGAGGCUGACUUAGAUAGGUCCUUGAUUGACAAGGGAGUCAAAGGGUAUAGGGGUAGACAGGAAAAUGGAGUUGAGGCUACAAUCUUAUCAGAUGGUGGAGCAGACUCGAGAGGCUGAAUGGCUUACGCCUGCCCCUAAAUCAUAUGUUCAUAUAUAUGUUUGUAUGACUAGUUGCAUGAAUUUGGCUUGUAUUCCCUUGAGUUUACAUGGUUGCGGGAUGAUCUAAUUGAGGUGUCUAAAACGAUAAGGAAACCUCUAGGGUCGAUCCAAAGAAACUAAUUCUUUCAUUUGGGGAAUCCAGAACAAGGGGGCAUAAUAUUCCAAAUAAAGGCCAUUCAGAAGCAAAAUCAGGAAGCACUGUUUCACACAAAGGGAAGUGGAAAUCUGGAACACUCUUUGAAAGGGUGUGAAUACUGGGACAAUUGAAAUUGGAAUUUUCAAGACUGAGAAAGAUGGAUUUUUUGUUCAGCAAGGUAAUCAAUGGCAAUGGAACAGAGGCAGGUAAUGCAGAGGCGCAAAUCAGUGAGAUCUGAUUGAAUGGCAGAACAGGCCCCAAGGGGUUGAAUAGCCUGCUUUAAUUCCUAAUACAAUGGCAGAUUUUAGUGCAAAAUUUUCAUAAUAAUUGUUCUUUCACUGCAUUGGAAGUGCAGGAGUCACAUAUACUUGUUGGUGAAAAUGCAAUACACAACAACAGUGAUACGUUUUCUUGCCAUCUUAAAACACCAUUUAGGUUUUUCCCUUCACCAGAUCACUAGGAUUUAAUAAUCUAUUGGUGCCAAAUAAUGCAGUUAAAGACACAGUAACUCCCCAUAUUAAUCUGGUAGUCUUGAAGCCUAUGAUAGAAUGGGAAAGCAUCAACAGUGAAUUCAAGCUUUAUGCUUUUGGUCCUCUAGUCAUUAUAAAUCUGUUUUCAUGAAACAAAAUAUAGGGUAUCCAAAGAUUAUAAGAUAACGGAGUUUGCAUGAGUUUUCAGAAAGCAUAUGUGCAAGUGGAACUAUCUUAAAGAACAAAAAAAAUACUGUUCUUCUCCUCUGUGAAGUUUAUUCAGGAGAUACGUUGUGAUCAUUGCUGACCAUCCUCGAUGUAAUUGGAGCAGUUUUGUGAUGCUGCAGGCAAAUACUCGCCCAAACUGUCUUUUGCCAAGUUAGCAAAGAGAGCAUUUUUAUCUACCCAUACGAAUACUUUGCAGUCUCUUGGGCUUUCCUUGAAUAAUAAACCCUGAUAUACUUUCUUGGGCUGUAUUUAUGGUCCCCUGCUAGUGUGUUUGAAGGUGGGGGUGGCAGAGGAAGCUCGUAGAAUGUACCCUUCCCACCUGCCCCAACCAUCUCCAUAUUUAUGGUGGGUGGGGAGGCCGCUUAAGUGCCUCAUUCCACCUUCACUGUUAUUUUACCUAUGGCAGGGAGAGGCCCACACUAGGUGGGGAGCCCAGCAGCUUUUAGUGCUUGGGCUGGUGUGUUGGGAAACAGGGAAGAAACUCCUUUGGGUGUGCCACUUGGAGGCACCCCCUCAAAGGUCAUAGCCCCGCCUUUAAUCCUUCUCCAGCCUUUGAAAUCCAGGCCCUGGCCUCCUCAAUGGGAUCUGCCAGCCAGGGCCUGCUGAUACACCAGAAUUACCUUGAAGUUUGGCUCCAUAACCUUUUUAUUUAUUCGUCUGUUUGUGCUGUCCAGGCCAGCAUUUAUUGCCCAUCCCUAAUUACCAUUGUUCAGAGGGCAUUUUAAGAACCAACCACAUUGCUAUGAGUCUGGAAUCACAGGUAGAGACAGAUUUCCUUCCCU